UGAGGAGCGAUCAGCUCUCCAUCUUCGUCCUGUUGCUGUCAACACGAUGCGGUGCGCACAUGAUGCGUGUUCGUUCAUUUUUCAAGUCGCUGCCUUGAGCACAAGCGCCAGACAUCGAGACCACGACCGAUUCCACAAGUUUCUUCGAAUCUCCGGUGUACAUCUGCCAAAAUGCCGAGUCUGGACAAGUCCGACUUGGUGCCCAGCGACGAGAUCUCGUACCAACGGGUAGAGACACCUCGCGCCACUGCCGUCGACGUCAAGGCCAACAAAGAUGGCACCAGCAGUGAAUCUGACAGCUCCGAGCCCAAGCUGCUGGACGAGGUCAUGAAUGGAGGUCCCACCUCGUUCAAGUUCGCGAGUUUGUACCGGUACGCAACAACUUUUGACAAAAUCCUGUUAGGAGUUGGAAUCAUCGCGACGGGAGCCAACGGCGCAUUGUUCCCGCUUUUGGCCAUCGUGUUUGGUGACGUUCUGUCGGGGUUUGCGUCUACACCUGUGGAUAUGGACAAGGUGAACAGUGCAGCGCUGGAUUAUCUGUACAUCGCUAUCUUCAUGUUCAUCACGGACUACAUUUCGUACGUGGCGUUCUAUUACAGUGCAGAGAGACAGAUGAAAGUUUUGAGAAGUGAGGCCUUGAAGCACAUGCUGUACAUGGACAUUAGUUGGUACGAUGAGAACGACGCACUGCAGUUAUCGAGUCGCUUGACGGGUGAUACAGUGAGGAUCAAGGAUGGAAUGGGGCAGAAACUCGGAGACUCGUUCCGGUUUGUCAUUCAGUUUAUCGUGGGUUUUAUCAUUGGAUUCGCGCGUGGGUGGGAUAUCACCCUAGUAAUGGCGGGUGUCAUGCCUGUCAUGACGGUCUCACUUAGCUGGUUGAUUAAGACGAUGCGAAUCAAAUCGGACUGGGCGCAGAAGGUCUACGCUGAGGCUGGAUCGGUCGCGGAGGAGACACUGGGGUCGAUUCGGACAGUAGCGUCGUUGAAUGGCGAGCACAAAGCCAUCGCCAAGUUUGAGAACAAAGUGCUUGAAGCCGAGAAGGAGAAUAUCGCACUGCACAAGAUGUCGUCCGCUGUAUUUGCCUUGUUCUUGGCCAGUAUUUGGGUCAUGUACUCUAUGGGUCUUUGGUACGGCGGAUGGAAGGCUUCGAAAGGUGAUACUACACCGGGAGAUGUGUUUGCUGCCUUCUUUGCUGUCAUGAUGGGUACCGGUGCGCUCGCACAGAUCUCACCCAAUCGCUUCUACGACCCCGUGGCUGGUGAGGUGUUACUGGACGGCCACAACAUCAAGGACCUGAACCUGGGUUGGCUGCGUAGUCAGAUUGGUCUGGUGGGUCAGGAGCCCACGCUGUUCAUCGGAACCAUCGCUGAGAACAUCUCGUACGGCUUGGCAGAGCAGCCGAGUCAGCAACAGAUCGAGGAAGCUGCCAAGAUGGCCAACGCGCACGAUUUCAUCACGCAGUUCCCGGACGGCUACGACACUCAGGUGGGUAUGAAGGGUGAGCAGUUGUCGGGAGGCCAGAAGCAGCGUAUUGCCAUUGCUCGAGCUAUUCUGAAGAAUCCGGACAUCUUGCUACUGGAUGAAGCCACGAGUGCUCUGGACUCGGAGAGCGAGAAGGUGGUGCAGGAGGCUCUGGAUAAAGUGAUGGCGUUGAAGCGACGGACCACCAUCGUCAUUGCUCACCGGUUAUCGACGAUUCGCCGCGCUGACAAGAUUUGUGUCGUGAGUGGUGGCAAGAUCGCAGAGCAGGGCACUCACCAGGAGCUCCUGCAGCUCAACGGUAUCUACGCCAACUUGGUCGAGUCGGCGUCAGCAUAGUCAACAACGUGGAAGUUGUGCAACAGAUAAACUUUCACGUACACGUGUUGGCAAUAAUGCUCGGGACGCAAAUUGACGCUGCGGCUUGAAGACUACUACGUAGCAUACAACAAUUAGACUCUCUAGUAUAUGUCAGAACACCUUCUAAAUCAAAGCGUCAGGGUCUUCCUCGCAGAAGACAGAGUAGAUCUUUUUCGACAGAGCUCUUUGAGUCCGCGCAUCGUGGAGUUUGUCAGCUA